GCCAGAUAACUCGGUGCUCGCUGUCGAGCCACACGAUCCAAUGCCAGCUGAUGCCAGAUGACCCGAUGCCCACUGUCUUGCCAGAUGACUCGGUGCCCACUGUCUUGCCGGAUGACUCGGUGCCCACGGUCGUGCCGGAUGACUCGGUGCCCACGGUCGUGCCAGAUGACUCGGUGCCCACGGUCGUGCCAGAUGACUCGGUGCCCGCUGUCGAGCUUGGUGACCCAGUGUCCGCGGUCCUGCUAGAUGGCUCGGUGCCCGCUGUCGUGCCAGAUGGCUCGGUGCCCGCUGUCGUGCCAGAUGGCUCGGUGCCCGCUGUCGUGCCAGAUGGCUCCGUGCCCGCUGUCGAGCUUGGUGACCCAGUGCCCGCGGUUCUGCCAGAUGAC